GGAAAAAGGCACAACGGAGAGGGCAAGAAAGAGAAAAAAUGGGGAAAAGGUGGCAAAACAACCUGCGGCUCUUUUUGGAUUUUCAACAAUACAACUGCUACUCAUUUUCAUGGAGUCCACCAUAAAAUCCCUUCAUCAUUUUCACUUUCCUCUUUACAAAAAUUACCAUUCCAACUCCCUAAACCCUCAUACCCAAUUUACCCAUCUUCAUUUUAAUCACCGUCCACUCUCUAGUUUUCACCUUCAAGCCUCAGGACGACGCAUUUCCAAUUUUCCUCAGAGAGGUGAUGAUUUGGUUGGGGAUUCACGAAAUUGGAGGCGUGAUCGAGGCAGCGUAGUGACUGGAGACUAUGUGUAUGAAGAGUACGAAGAUGAAGAUGAUGAAGACGAAGAAGAGGAGGAUCGAAGUUUAGAUCUGCUGGUUAAAUUUGUUCAGAACGUUUUCAAAAAGCUUUCUCGAAAAGCUAGGAAAGCUGUCCGGUCCGUUUUGCCUGUUUCAAUUUCCAGUCAAUUGGUGGCAUUUUCUGUUAAUGGAGUUAUAAUUUUGACAUUUUUGUGGCUAUCGAAGGCAGUUCUUGAGGUAUUUUGCACCCUCGGGAGCGUAGUUUUUGCUAGUAUCUUACUUAUUCGAGGAGUAUGGACAGGCAUAUCAUACUUACAAAAUAAUCACAACCAUAGGACAGACGAUGAUGAUCGUCGUGCAUGGAGCGGGGUGCAACCUGCGAGUUAAAUGGCCGAAUAGUAAAGCUUCAAAUGAGAUCCCAUAGUGUUAUUCCUGCUAGAUGGGGAUGACCCCUUGAAGAUUACAGCUACUCUGAUGCUAUUCGGAAACAAAUAGUAUAGAAAUUUUCCUAACCCAAUAAUUGGGUUAAGGCCCUUUUACAUCUACUGAAUUAAAUCCCGCCAGGUCGAAGCUGGAUCCUUUGUCUCCUAGACCUAUGUGGUUGUAACUAGGAUGUCAAAUGUACUUCACACAAAUGUAAACCGCCCAACUUAUCCAACUUAUGUUAGGAAUACGUCUAUAUAAUUGGUUAGAUUUUGCAUAAGUCAAAUCUCUUUUACGGAUCAA